AGUUGAGGGACGACUUCAUAGCUCCGCCGCCUGUGAGUGGGGGUCGGCGUAGAAAGGAGAGCAAAGAUGUGGACGAAAGCGACGAAUGUAUGGAUUUAGACAAAUACGAGUCACUCAUCACUACUGAAGUACAAGUACUCAAACGGAAAGACUUUGUCUCAGAAUUUCGGCCUCAAAGGGAUGUCCAGCUAUUUGUGUCCGACUCUUGUGUUUUGCUCGACUGUCGAGAAUUCAAUUUACAAUCAAUUAUUGAUCAAAUGUUUUCCAAUUUCGGCCUCAAAGGGAUGUCCAGCUAUUUGUGUCCGACUCUUGUGUUUUGCUCGACUGUCGAGAAUUCAAUUUACAAUCAAUUAUUGAUCAAAUGUUUUCCUGACGGAAAAAACGGAGGCAUUGAUAGCGAC